GCCGAGUCACUCAUCCUGUGGAUCGUCCGGGAGCCUCGGCGCUUAGCGAAGCCCGCGUGGGGCGCACGCGAUAGUAGACGACACAGACGGUCGUUAUAGAUAAUCAUGCAAUAAGCUGGAUCCGGGGUGAGAACAGAGGAAGUUACCCUCACGAUCGGUGGCGCCCUUUACCGACGAGCAGAAGCCGGGCCUCCGGUCUCUCUACCAGUGCGGUAAAGCCCCAACACCCUCACCAUGGACUUCCAGCAUCGCCCCGGGGGUAAGACCGGGAGUGGAGGCGUAGCCUCCUCCUCGGAGAGCAACCGAGACCGCAGGGAGCGCCUUCGGCAGCUGGCCCUGGAGACCAUCGACAUCAACAAGGACCCGUAUUUCAUGAAGAACCAUCUGGGCUCGUACGAGUGCAAGCUGUGUCUGACCCUGCACAACAACGAGGGGAGCUACCUGGCACAUACCCAAGGGAAGAAGCAUCAGACCAACUUGGCCCGGCGAGCCGCCAAGGAGGCCAAGGAGGCCCCCGCCCAGCCGGCGCCAGAAAAGGUCAAGGUGGAGGUGAAGAAGUUUGUGAAGAUUGGCCGCCCAGGCUACAAAGUGACCAAGCAGAGGGACACGGAGAUGGGCCAGCAGAGCCUCCUCUUCCAGAUUGACUACCCUGAGAUCGCCGAGGGCAUCAUGCCCCGCCACCGCUUCAUGUCCGCCUACGAGCAGAGGAUCGAGCCCCCUGACCGGCGCUGGCAGUACCUGCUCAUGGCCGCCGAGCCCUACGAGACCAUCGCCUUCAAGGUGCCCAGCAGGGAGAUCGAUAAGGCCGAAGGCAAGUUCUGGACUCACUGGAAUCGGGAAACCAAGCAGUUUUUCCUGCAGUUUCACUUCAAGAUGGAGAAGCCACCAGCCCCGCCAAGCCUCCCUGCUGGGCCUCCUGGGGUGAAGAGACCCCCGCCCCCGCUGAUGAAUGGUCUGCCGCCCCGGCCGCCUCUGCCAGAGUCUUUGCCCCCGCCACCACCGGGAGGCCUGCCUCUGCCACCCAUGCCGCCCAGUGGGCCUGCACCCUCAGGGCCUCCGGGCCCUCCCCAGCUGCCCCCCCCAGCUCCCGGUGUCCACCCCCCAACAUCUGGGGUCCACCCCCCGCGUCUGGGCUGA